AUACGUGAGGAGAACAUCAUUGUCUCGGAUAAACAGUGUUGCCAUGAACGUCGUUGUCAUGGGUGCCGACUUUGGUGACGACGUGCACAUGCAGAAGCGUGAGCUUGCAGAAGGGGCAGGGCAGAGCAGCAACGAACAACUUCUUCUUGGAACCCCAAGUGCACCACCAGACACCACCCAAGACUCUGAUGGUGAAGAAAUAUUACACCUUAUAAAAGCCAUUUCAAUUACAGUUAGAUUUUUCUGUAUUGAAGAGGGUUUUUUUCUAAGUUAUGGUGCAAUAUUAGCAUAG